UAAACAUUGAGCUCCGACCUGCCAGAUCCACAAGCUCAUCUGUUAAAAAGAUUGUAUAAUCGGGGCGGUCGGAAGAGGACGAAAUUGUUGAUGAUUUUAGAAAAUGUUCCACCACCGGCAUAUUCAGGGCCUCGCGUCGCUCGCCCGCAGCUUUAGCCGAAUCGCGCUGGUAGAACGUUCUGCGAGUCUGCCGUCCUCGUCGCAGUUGCCGGUGUUUAGCGCCCGCGAGACAAAUCGAUCGAGUGUGCAUCGAAGGAUCGUGGAACUGCAAGCUGCCUCGCUCCGAUCACACACCUCGAACCUCGAGAUCGGAUACCGACCGGAUCCGCUGCUGCCACUCAAAGAAAUCAUCGAUAUUCCGCUGGUUUCGCGAAUCAUCGAGAACCCCGUGUCACGACCGACGACCGGCAGUGGCACGGUGAUCGGGGACAACCUAUCCAUUAUUCCGACGCUCGAUCUCCCGACGGGAAUCGUGCCACAGGGCGAUAAUGGCAAGCAGGCGGCACGGUUGAUCGUGAUCCGGAGGCGCAAAAUGCGAAAGCAUAAGUUAAAGAAGCUGCGCAAACGAAUGAAGUUCGAGUGGCUAAAGGUUCGUCAGCGGCGUGAGCUGAAGAAAGAAAAACUGUUCCAGGCGGAGCUGCUUGCACAGAUCAAGGAGGCGGAAAAGUUCUCCGCGGAGGCGUACGUUGCCGAUAAGCUGCGCCGUUCCACCGAAGUUCCGAUACCGCGGUUCUGGAAGGGUAAACGGUUGCCCCAGUUUCUUAUUAAGCAAAAGCUAGGCAUCGAGUAGUGUUAGCGGGGUAAAAUGGCCAGAAAUACAGGUGAAACGAGGUGCAAAAUUAA